AUCUCUAGCUCUGAGACUGGAGGCUGAAUCCUACCAGAGCACCCAGCACUUGUCACAGCACACGCAGGGAGGAGAAAGGGGCGGGGCCAACAGCCUGAAGACUAGGGCCUACAAGGAAGCAGCCAGCCCAGGCCUACAGAGCUGCUCCAGGACAGAGGUUCUUGGCACCUCCCUGUGCUCAGAGCAGACCCUCAAGGCAGCCAGGCCAGAAGUGUCCCUCCUGAGACACCAGGCAGAUCCAAGAUGGGGAGCCCAGUGCACCGAGUAUCGCUGGGGGACACCUGGAGCAGGCAAGUGCACCCUGACAUAGACAGUGAACGGCACUUACCGCCCUUCAGUGUGGAGCUGCUCACCAACAUCCUCGAUGGAGGCGUCCAAAACACUGCGCUGAGGAGGAGAGUUGAAAGCAUCAUCCAAGAUGACCCAGUGUUCAACUUGAGGAACGUUUACUUCAUGACCCAGCAUGAGAAAUACGAGGAUGCAGUUCGAAAGAGAGUCCACCUAGAGAUGCUGGCCAGGCGUCUGGGCUGGUCAGAAGGUGGUCCUGAGCAGAGCUAUGCUGCAAGAGUCCUUUCUGGAUACAUCAACUUAGGCUUACACGGUAUUGCCAUGAAUGCUCUCAGAAGCUUGGGCUCGGAGGAGCAGAUUGCUAAAUGGGACCCACUUGGCAGAAACUUCCAAAUCAUCACAACAUAUGCCCAGACAGAGCUGGGACAUGGGACCUACCUGCAGGGCCUGGAGACUGAAGCCACCUAUGAUGCAGCCACCCAGGAGUUUGUGAUACACAGCCCGACAAUGACUUCCACCAAGUGGUGGCCUGGGGACUUGGGACGGUCUGUCACCCACGCUGUGGUCCUAGCCCAGUUGAUCUGCUCAGGAACCCAGCAUGGCAUGCACGCCUUCAUUGUGCCUAUCCGGAGCCUACACGACCACACCCCACUACCUGGAAUCACAGUUGGGGACAUAGGGCCCAAGAUGGGCUUGGAACACAUAGACAACGGCUUCCUGAGAUUGAACCACGUGAGGGUUCCCAGAGAGAACAUGCUCAGUCGCUUUGGAGAGGUCUUGCCAGAUGGUACCUACCGGAGGCUCGGGACAGCACAGAUCAAUUAUCUUCCCAUGUUAGUGACACGGGUGUGGCUGCUGUUAAAAGGAAUCCUACCCAACCUCCAGAAGUCUUGUGUCAUCGCUGUGCGCUACUCAGUCAUCCGCCACCAGUCCCGUCUUCGGCCUAGUGACCCAGAAGCAAAAAUCCUGGACUACCAGACACAGCAGCAGAAGCUCCUUCCUCAGCUCGCCAUGAGCUACGCCUUCCAUUUCCUGGCCACCAGCCUCUUGGAAUUCUUCCACAGUUCCUAUAGUGCCAUUCUGGAGAGAGACUUCAGCCCCCUGCCUGAGCUCCAUGCACUGAGCACCGGUAUGAAGGCCAUGUUCUCAGACUCCUGCACCCAGGGAGCAGAGAUAUGUCGCAGGGCCUGCGGUGGUCAUGGCUACUCAAAGCUGAGCGGUCUGCCGACAUUGGUCACUGAAGUAACAGCUUCUUGCACCUAUGAGGGUGAGAACACGGUGCUCUACCUGCAAGUGGCCAGGUUUCUGAUGAAGAGCUACCUUCAGGCUCAGGUGUCCCGAGGCCCCACGCCGCAGAAGCCUCUCCCUCAGUCUGUCAUGUACCUUGUCACACCAGGGCCAGCCCAGUGCCCAGCACAGACAGCAGCAGACUUUCUCAGACCAGACGUCUAUACCACAGCCUGGGCACAUGUGUCUGCCAGGCUUAUAAAGGAUGCGGUACACCAUACACAGUCCCUCAUGAGAUCGGGGCUUGACCAGCAUGACGCCUGGAACCAGACUGCUGUCAUACACCUUCAGGCUGCUAAGGCUCACUGCUACUGCAUCACUGUGAGGACUUUUAAGGAAGCUGUGGAGAAACUGGAAACUGAACCAGCGAUCCAGCAUGUGCUCCGACGCCUCUGUGGCCUUCAUGCCUUACACGGUAUUCUGACCGACUCGGGUCACUUUCUGCAUGAUGGCUUCCUGUCUGGGGCCCAAGUGGACAUGGCAAGAGCAGCCUUCCUGGACCUACUUCCCUUGAUCCGGAAGGAUGCUGUCUUGUUAACUGAUGCUUUUGACUUCACGGAUCAUUGUUUAAACUCGGCCCUCGGCUGUUAUGACGGACAUGUCUACGAACGUCUGUUUGAGUGGGCUCAGAAGUCGCCAGCCAAUACUCAGGAGAACCCUGCCUAUGAGAAAUAUAUCCGACCACUGCUACAAGGCUGGAAACCCAAGCUGUGAAAAGGCAGAUAACGAGGACGAAGAAGCACCAUGGUGGUACUAUGGCAGGAUGCACAUACAGAAUUAAAUUUAAAGCAAAGGGCAGAGUGAUGUUUGUUCAACUCAGUUAGAAAUUGGUACAUGAAUAUUCAUAUUAUUCUAUUCUUGAGUAUGUUUCCCCUUGUCCAUUUGUAGCACGUAUUUGGCUAAAUGCUAGCGUUUUGCUUUAAAUACAGCAAAAGCUAAUAAACCUCUUCUUACUAGUUCAUCAAUAUACUGAAACCAUAGCAACC